CACCCCCACGCUAAAACCGCACUUCAUUUCCUGUCGUUUUUGAUGUAUCAACCCCACACCAAAAUAAAUAAACAAAAGGGAAAAAGAAAAUCUUUCUCUCUCUCUUUCUCAGUCACUCUCUUUCUCUCUCUCACUCUCUCUCUAUUUAGUGUGUUGCUUGGCCUUGUUUAUCAACCAAAUCUAGAGCAACCCAUUUCGUUGUUCUUCCAUUUGAAGGAAAAUUUUAUACGUCCUCCAUUCUGUUUUCCCCCAUAAGGUUCAAUGCUUUUCUGGCUCCUUUCAUUUCCCAUUUCCCUAAUAAUAAUAAUUUUAUUCUUCUCAACCUUUUCUUUUUCCCUAUAAUAAAUCCCUUCCAUCACUUCGCACCCCUUUUUCACACUCACACUGCUGGAGUCUUUCAAACGAGGUAUCUAUCUCUCUGUGUAAUGGGUUUCCUCUUUCAAUCUUCAAAAUGUUUUCUUUCUCAAUGGCUGCCUGUUGGGUGUUUCCGUUUUUUAUGGGUGGUCCUCUGUGUCCGUUGAUCUGCACUGUUUGCGUCUUCGGAAUUUGAUUUCUGUUUUGGGUUUUUUGUUUCGCUUAUUAGUCUCUGAGGUUCAGGGAUGUUCGGUGUUUGCUUGAUGGGUAUUUAAUCGUUUGAUAUCACUUUUCUCAGUAAAACUCCUUUUAUUUUUUGUUAUGUUUGAAUCUCCACCAAAUCUCUAAUGGGGUGAAUUUCUGGUUCUAAAUGUUGCUCCUCUGUGAAGAAGGGAGGUUUUCUGGAUUUUUUCUAUUGUGUGUUGGUUUUUGCAGUAUUUUUUAAUAUGCUUGUGAUAACCAGCAGGUUGAGUGUUUGUUCUCCCAAUGGUAUAGUGUGUGUGUGUUUGAACAUUGUUACUCUUGUAUGUUUGAUAAAAGUGUUGCCUUUGGGUUGUGCGUGGUUUUCCUUUGUGCCUUCAUUGUAUGUUUAACAUUGACAUGAAAUUUAUGAGCUCAUCUCGAAGCAUGUUGUUUUUGAGUGUGGUUGCGGUGUUAUCUAUGCGUAUACUUAAAUAUUAUAUCGGACGAUUCUUGCUUUACUUGGCUAUCUGCUAUCAGCUCCUUUUGGUUGUUACUAACGUUGUAUUUUGAUUUGUUAGCAAUGUUAAUUUCGAAGAACCAAACAAUUUUUAAGAAAUUUCCCGAGGUGGGGUCUGGCUUUGAUUGCUAUUUCCAAACUUCUUCACCAUCUUACCCAGUAGCAUGUGGACUGGACCAGCUUUUCUAAAACACCUACAAAAGUAGGACAUGUGAUGGCUUUUAGUUUCGUUGUGGUCCUCUAACCAGAAGUUUGGAAUUAGUGUUUUUCUUAUUGUAAGGAGGUGAUUUUUUGUUUGAGUCUUGUUAUCUUUGGUGAGAUUUGAUUGUGCACAUGCUGUAUUCUGUUUACUUCAUCCUUUGAUCAUUUAUCAUGCGCGAGAAAGUAUUUUUGUGUGUGUUUGAUUUGUGUAUGUUCUUCCUUUGGCAGGAUUGGGUGUAUUUUUUGAAAUGUCUUUUCUAUUUUGUCAUGAGGACGAUUUAACAGAGUUAGCUGAGUUCUUUCCAAUAUACUGAGUGACCCUUUACUUUCAACUCUAUCAUGGCGGGAGACACAUCAUGGAUAAGCCACUUAGAUGAUGGUGCACGUAGGGAGACUAGAGAGUUUGAUUCAGUUUUGGAAUUUGGUGAGGAAGUUGAUACAGAGGGAAGUGCUGUUUCUGUGAACACAGUGUUACCUGAUGAAUUGGUGGAGCGAAUCCUAGCGUAUCUCCCCGUUGUAAGCAUUUUCAGAGCAAGUUCUGUGUGUAAAAGAUGGCAUGAGAUUAUUACUUCUGAAAGGUUUCAAUGGAACCCUUCAAAUUCAUUGCCUCAGAGACCUUGGUACUUUAUGUUCACCUACUCAGAUGAACCAACUGGUUAUGCUUAUGAUCCCAUUCCCCGUAAAUGGUAUGGCAUUGAGCUUCCUUUCAUCGAAACAUCUAGUUGGUUCGUUGUUUCUUCUUAUGGUUUAGUCUGCUUCAUGGACAAUGACAGCAGAAGCAAAUUAUGCAUGUGCAACCCUAUUACCAAAAGGUGCAGAAGGCUUGAAGGUCCUCCGGGUCUGAAAUUUUCUGAUUACAGUGCUUUGGCAAUGUCAGUGAACAGGAAAUCUCACAGUUACACUCUGGCAAUUGUGAAAUCAAAACAAAUCCCUGAGGAUUUUGUCCAGUGGGAGAUCUCAAUUCAUAUAUACCGCUCAGAGAAAGAGGCCUGGAUGACAACUGCAACAGAGGUUUUGAAGGGGUGGAGAGGUGGUAAUGAGAGUGUGAUAUGCAAUGGUGUGUUAUACUUUUUAGUCUACUUAGCUGGGGGUGUUCCUUCAGAAAGUAGGCAUGCACUGAUUGCAUAUAAUAUUUCUAAUCUCACUUCUCAAACUACCUUGAGAAGGAGUUUUAUUGCUGCACCCUGUUCACUAACAUGUGGCCGAUUGAUGAAUAUGAAGGAAAAACUUGUAAUGGUGGGAGGAAUUGGUAAGCAGGAUAGGCCUGACAUAAUAAAAGGAAUUGGCAUAUGGGUUCUUAAUGAUAGGAAGUGGGAAGAGAUUGUACGAAUGCCCCAUAGAUACUUUCAAGGCUUUGGGGAGUUUGAUGAUGUUUUUGCUAGCAGUGGUACUGAUGAUCAAAUAUAUAUCCAAAGUUAUGGAUCUCCAGCACUCCUCACAUUUGAUUUGAACCUUAAACAAUGGAAAUGGUCACAGAAAUGCCCUGUAUCAAAGAGGUUCCCUCUACAGCUAUUCACUGGUUUUUGCUUUGAGCCUAGGCUUGAAAUUGCUCCAUAGGUUGUUCUUCAAACAAUCAACAGCUGCGCUACUAUUAUUAGUAUUGACACUUUUGUGUCUGAGUUUUCUUGAUUUUACUCCAUUGUUCUAGUAAAGCUUAAUUUGAUUUCUGCUUUUCAACAUCUUUAUA